GUGCUGUCAAAUGCCGAUACUAACCUAACCUAGUUGAAACAGACGAAUUCGAUCAGACGAAGUAUUUUGAGCAUUUAUGGAAUUAUUUUGGCAUUUAAAAAAUAGAAAUAAAUUUCAAUAAAAAAUAAAUACAGUUUAAUAAUGUUUAAGAAUUUGGUGACUUUAGUGACUGGUGGUGCGUCUGGACUUGGUCGUGCUACAGCCAAUCGAUUCGCGUUGAAAGGCUCUCAAGUGGUAUUUUGUGACCUGCCAACAUCCAAUGGCCAGGAGAUAGUCAAAGAAAUCGGAGAGAAUGUACAUUACAUACCAGCCGAUGUGACGUCCGAGACGGAUGUUCAAAAUCUCGUUGAAGAAAUAUCAAAGAAGUACGGCAAAUUGGAUAUUCUUGUGAACUGCGCUGGAUUGGCCGAUGCACAUGUUACAUACAAUUUCAGGGCAAAAACACCCAGGAAAUUAGAUGACUUUGAGAAAGUGUUGAAGACAAAUGUUUUGGGAACAUUCAAUGUGAUUCGACUAUCGGCUGGACUGAUUGGUAAAAAUGAGCCCGAUGAAAAUGGCCUGCGAGGUGUCAUUGUGAAUACAUCGGGUACCGAAGCGUUCAGAGGAACUUUGGGUCAAACGGCACUUGCCGCAGCAUGCGGAGCCAUUCACAGUAUGACACGACCGUUGGCACUUGACCUGAGCGAUCAAGGAAUUCGUGUUGUAUCGAUUGCACCUGGUUUUAUUAGGACACCAUUGCUUGACUAUAUCCCAAGCGAAACAACCGAAGCCAUUUCACAAGAGUGUAUCAUUUCACCGAAACGAUUCGGCGAUCCAGAUGAAUUCGCCCAUGUUGUACAAUCAAUUGUAACAAAUCCAUACAUAAACGCAACCACCAUUGAAGUGUCCGGCGGAAUUCAAAUGAAUCUGUAAAUUGAUUCAAUAGAUUGUAUGUGGGACGUUAGUCAUAGAAAAUAAAAUUUAAAAUCAAUUUGAUAAUAAAAAAA